GCCAAUCAGCGCCCAGCCUCUGGCCUCACACAUCGUAUCCUCUUGUCUCAGCCAGUGGUCCUAUGUGAAGUUCUAUGACAUUAAAAGCGACCGUGCUGCUAGCGCAGGUAGAAGAGCUUCUCACAGUUACUCAUUUGGAGAGUCCCACUGACUCGCUGCCAUGGAGGUGAACGGCACAGCCAACAUUCUGUCUUCAGCGUAUCUGGCGGUGGAGUUUGUGGAUUCAUUUCUUCCAGAAAAUCCACUACAGGAACCUCUGAAGCAUGCAUGGAAUUACAUGCUGCAGAACUAUAGCAAAUUCCAGAUCGCCACCUGGGGCUCCCUCAUCGUCCACGAACUGAUCUAUUUCCUGUUCUGUCUACCUGGAUUUAUCUUUCAAUUCCUCCCUUUCAUGCAGAAGUAUAAGAUCCAACCAGAUAAACCAGAGACAUGGGAGAAACAGUGGAAGUGCUUUAAGAUGCUGCUGUUUAAUCACUUCUGUAUCCAGCUACCGCUCAUCUGCGGGACGUAUUACUUUACUGAGUUCUUCAGCAUUCCUUAUGACUGGGACUCCAUGCCUCGCUGGCCCUUUAUAUUGGCCCAGUGUUUUGGUUGUGCAGUUAUUGAAGACACGUGGCAUUACUUCCUCCACCGAGCCCUACAUCAUCGCAGAAUCUACAAAUACAUUCAUAAAGUCCAUCAUGACUUCACUGCUCCAUUUGGCAUGCAGGCAGAAUAUGCCCACCCUGCUGAGACUCUGAUUCUGGGCGCUGGAUUCUUCAUCGGCAUCAUGGUCUUCUGCAAUCAUAUGGUUUUGCUCUGGGCUUGGGUCGCUUUCCGGCUUCUUGAAACCAUUGAUGUUCACAGUGGUUAUGACAUUCCUCUGAACCCCUUACAUUUGAUUCCAUUCUAUGCUGGAGCUCGUUUCCAUGACUUCCACCACAUGAAUUUUGUGGGCAACUAUGGAUCUACGUUCACCUGGUGGGACAGACUUUUCAACACUGACUCCCAGUAUAAGAAACAUUACUCGCUUCAUAAAGCUGUGAAGAGCGACUGAUUGACAGAGAUACCCUCAAUCGCAUACACUGAUGCUUCACCAUCACCCAGAGCAAUCUAUCUCUCUUGGACUCCUGUGUGGGCUUUGGUUGGUCCGAUGCUUUUGCAUCGCCUCCUGCUGGACACACUCACUGUAAAGCAUUUAAAAUCGGACUGAAUGGAUUCAAAUCAAUGCCAGUGUCUUACAGCAAUGUGCCUUUGAAAAGAGAAAAAACACCCCCCGCAGUUAUCAUUAGACCACUGAUCAUGGUACUCUUAAGGACUGUUUGGACUGUUAAGAAUGAAAGAAUUUCAGCCUGUGUUCUGUGCUCUCAAUAAUUAUAAACAUUCAUCUCUUUCAAAUAAUAAUGACAUUAUUCCUAAAAAGCACUUUACUUUCACCUAAACAAAGAUGGAAUGUUAUAGAUUAUUUUUGUAAUGCCUUUUUUUUUUCUUUUGCUUUGUUGCCUUUCCUGAUUUUUUGCUCAGUUUCUGUAAAGAUUUUGUUACUUCCACAGUGACCACCUAUAGCUUAUAGAUGUGCCUUGGAAAGGAUUUGGGGGAACAAUGAUUUUAAGAAACACUUAUGGAUCAUAAGGGAGAAAGCUAAUUGAACUGUUAGCUUGUUCAUUUAAAGGCAACUUAAUAAAAACAAAUUAACAAAAA